AAGAAGACUCCUUAACGGAGGGUUCUCCAUUGCUGACUUUAAAGGACUCUAUUCACAUCAUGAGUCUAAUGUAGCAUAUUUAGUAAGUUACUUGGACUUUGACCGAAAGGAUGACUUUAUACUGCCUGGUACAAGUAUUUCUGGAACAUACACAUGCAGAUCUUUAUGUAGGCAUCAUUCUCAAGAAAUUUCACUCAAUACUAGAGAUCCCAGUGGCCCGUUUUCUCAAUUCUUCUUCAGGUUCACUGCUUUCUUUGCUAAUAUAAGUCUAACAGAUGUUGAUAAUAAGGAUUAUAAACUAGCAGUCAUUGAAGCAAAUAUAUUUCAAUUAGCUGUUGUUAGAGGUUUCAAUUCAACAAUAAAUCCAAUUAGGACAAUCUCUUGUCACUUUGUUCCAUUAAUGGAGGAGGAUGGUACUUGUGAUCGUGUGGAGUGUGAUGUGAGAGAGUAUCCACCAAACAGUUCAUUUGUGGAGGUUGUUCCGAGAAGUAUUAAUACCUUCAUAUUCAAUGCUAAGAAUAGUGAAUUGAAGUCUAUUUGGUCUAUUGUAAUGUCAGUCACUGGGUUUUGUAAUCAAAGUCAAACUGAGUCACUAGAUUUUGGUAAUCAUACAUGGCCAGAGUCAGUUGGUAAUACUAUACUUACAAUGCCUUGUGGUAACCGUCCACUGAUGAAUGUCACUCGAAUGUGUCAGACUAAUGGAGUUGGCUGGGAAAAUCCUGAUUAUAGUCAAUGUGAAACUAGUACUAGUGAAAAUGAAACAAAUCGUGGUACAUUUCAAUGGCCAGUAACACCUGUUGAAUCAUUAGCUAACCUUCCUUGUCCUCAUGGUCCUAUUGGAGCUAGAGCUAUUAGACAGUGUAGAAGGAAUGGUGUAUGGGACACUCAUGAUAUAUCAAACUGUGCUGAUCCUAGGAUUACUGCUGAAUUUGCCAGCAUAGCUGAUACUAAUGUAACUGUUGAGAAUGUUGUAGAAGUUGCUCAAAAUCUCUCAGAAAUAGUGAUGUUAGCAAGUCAGACUGGUGAUCAAAAUGAAAAUAAUCUACAGAAUGUAUCAUCACUCCUUAUUCAAACUGCUAAUUUAUUCUCUAGUCCUGAGAUAAUCAUAAUGUUAUCUACUGAAGAGGUUUUUAUGACAACAGAGAGGACUAUUGAAAUACUUAAUAGCAUACAAGAAUGGCCACCACAUGUAGUAGCUACACAAUCAAAUAAUAUUGUCCAGUCAUUUGAAAGGAUAGUGGAAGCUUUGAUAAGUCAAAAGAACUUUACUAAGUUAACAAUCAUUAAAGCUACAAUUGCAUUUCAGGGACUAAGAGUCCAAAGGACAGAUUUCAGUGGUAUAACAUUUGUUGGGUCAUCAUUGAAUAAUUCUCUCUCAACUGAAACUUUAACUUCUGAUUUAAAAUCAUCCGGUAUCAAGGAAUUGGAUCUAGCUACCAUAUCAUUACCAGCUAGCAUUAGCAAUGAGACUACAGCAGUUGAUAUUAAUUUAGCAUUUACCCUAUACACUCAGUCUACAUUGUUUCCUAUUCGUGACUCAGUUCCUGAUACUGUUGUAGGAUCAUCAGUCAUUAGUGCUAGUGUGGAUGGUAUUCCUGAUGGUACUGUACUAUCUGAUAAUGUCACUGUUAACCUGAGAAUAGUAGUUGAA